CCGGGCCAGCACUGACAGCGAGGGGAGGGCAAGUCUCCCUCCUGGGCUCUGUAUUUGCAGCAGAGGGAGAGAGGGGGGAUCCCCUGCUUUUGCGGCUCUCGAUCCCCAGAGCUUUGGGCAGGGAGGGUGGAACUGGCUCCCCCAGGGACGCUGGCCCCUGGGGUAUGAGUCCCUGCUCCCAGCCCACCCUGGCCCUGGGGUAUGAGCAACCCUGCUUCUGAGCAUGAGAUCGGGUAUGGGGGCAGCCCCCGGGGUAUCAGAGCUUGGGGCUCCCCCUGUGGGUGGGUCUGGGGGCAGCCAGGGGGCACUUCCCCCUGGCAACACCCUUGUGCCCGCCCGGGCGGCUUUGAUCCCAGGCUCCAUGUCUGUAACAGGAGCUGCGCCGAGCCGGCUCUAUCAGCCAAGCUCCGGGCCAGGAAUCUGGUUUCCUGGCUCCGCUGUUACCGCAGCAACCUUUCAAGCAGGGAUUUUUUAAUUUGACAAGGGGCCUUUAUAUAGACAUGCAGCGCUAGGCCGAGGGGGGCUCGGGUCCGUUACCCGAUAGGGCCCCCCCCGCCACGCCACGCCGGCUCCCAUUGUCCAGCCGGAGCCGCCAGGAGACAUCCGAUAGCCGGGGCCUUAUCAGCACCGGGGGCAGAGUGAAAGCAGCAGGAUGGGUUACAGGCGUCUGCGCCACCACGGCUGGCACCGGUUCAGGAGCAAAUAUACCAGAGUGUUCCACAGCACUGAGCCAAGAGCCGGCGCGAUGGCCUCUGAGCUGGAGCGCGCCAUGGAGGGGCUGAUCGCCGUCUUCCACAACUACUCGGGCAAGGAGGGCGACAAGCGCAAGCUGAGCAAGAAGGAGCUGAAGGAGCUGCUGCAGACGGAGCUGGGCUGCUUCCUGGAGACCCAGAAGGACGCGGGCACCGUGGAUGGCAUCAUGCAGGACCUGGAUGAGAACGGCGACGGGGAGGUGGAUUUCAAGGAGUACGUGGUGCUGGUGGCCGCUCUCACGGUGGCCUGCAACGCCUUCUUCUGGGAAGACACCUGAGCGGGGAGCCUGCACCGCCUGGAGCCCCCUAGAGCUGCCCAUCCCGCCCCCCAUUCUGAGCCAGCCGCCGGCGUCCCCUCUAACCAGCUAGACAGAGCUACUCAUUAAAGGCACCAAACCCG